AUGGCGGGCAACGAGUUCGACGACGUCCUUACGAACCAGCCCGUAGUCAUUGACAACGGCUCUGGCUCGAUCAAGGCCGGCUUUGCUGGGCAAGAUGCGCCGAAAUGCUUCUUCCCGAGCUUCGUGGGUCGACCCAAGCACCCACGAGUGAUGGCAGGUGCAAUUGAAGGGGACCUCUUCAUUGGGCGCAAAGCACAAGAGCUCCGCGGGCUGCUCAAGAUCAAGUACCCCAUGGAGCACGGCAUUGUCACGGACUGGGAGGACAUGGAACGCAUCUGGAAUCAUGUCUACUCGGACGAGCUCGAGACACUUUCGGAGGAGCACCCCGUGCUGCUCACCGAGGCACCACUGAACCCAAGGAGCAAUCGCGACAUGGCAGCGCAGAUCUUUUUCGAGACGUUCAACGUCCCAGCGCUGUUUACGAGCAUUCAGGCGGUGUUGAGUCUGUAUUCUUCGGGCAGGACAACGGGGAUUGUGCUGGAUUCGGGCGAUGGAGUGACACAUGCGGUGCCGGUCUACGAAGGGUUCUCGAUGCCCAACGCGAUACGACGUGUGGACGUCGCGGGGCGGGAUGUCACCGAGAACCUCCAAACGCACCUCCGCAAAGCAGGCUACCACCUCCACACAUCAGCCGAAAAGGAACUCGUUCGGAUCAUCAAGGAGAAGACCUGCUACGUAGCGCUCAACCCCGUCAAAGAGGAAAAGGACGUCCAGUCGCACGAAGAGUUCAAGCUGCCCGAUGGAAACACUCUCCGCUUGGGUCCCGAACGAUUCCGCGCACCAGAGAUCCUGUUCAACCCAGAACUCAUCGGUCACGAGUUCCCCGGCAUCCACCAGGUCGUCGUCGAUUCCAUCAACCGCACCGAUCUCGAUCUGCGCAAGAAUCUGUUCUCGAACAUCGUGCUGUCCGGAGGCACGACGUUGACCAAGGGCUUUGGCGAUCGAAUGUUGGCCGAGGUCAAGAGGUUGGCGGUGCGCGAGAUGAAGAUCAAGAUCUUUGCGCCACCAGAGAGGAAGUAUGCGACAUGGAUUGGGGGGAGUAUCUUGGCAGGGUUGAGUACGUUCAAGCGCAUGUGGGUGAGCGCAGAGGAGUACAACGAGGAUCCGGACAUCAUUCAUAAGAAGAUACCCCCAUAA